AGACAACCCAGGCGUCUAGCGCACACGUCAGUUUGUCGCAGGUGCACCAGGAACAACAUAUCAAACGUAGUACUUUCAUAUCCUCAGGAUGGCACCCAAACUAUAUGUCACCAAGCGUGACGGACGCAAGGAAGCUGUGCUUUUCGAUAAGAUCACAUCACGCAUAUCGCGACUGUGCUAUGGUCUGAACGAAGAAUUCGUCGACCCCACUGAUGUGACCAUGAAGAUCGUCUCCGGUAUAUACGCCGGUGUCACGACCGUUGAGCUAGAUACGCUUGCGGCUGAGACCUGUGCAUACAUGACCACCACACACCCCGACUACGCUAUCCUGGCUGCCCGCAUUGCGAUGUCCAAUCUGCACAAGGAAACAAAGAAGGUUUUCAGUGAGGUUAUGAAUGAUUUGGCUACCUACGUUAACCCCAAGAACGACAAACAGAGUCCUCUGGUCUCCGAGGAGUUCAUCCAGCGUGUGCGAGCCAACUCUGAGAAACUCAACUCGGCGAUUGUUUACGAUCGUGACUUUAACUACCAGUACUUCGGGUUCAAAACAUUAGAGAGAUCCUACCUGCUGCGCCUGGACGGAAAAGUUGCUGAGCGACCUCAGCACAUGCUUAUGCGUGUGAGUGUGGGUAUACAUGGCGACGACAUCGAUGGGGCUAUUGAAACAUACAACAACCUAUCACAGGGUUGGUUUACACACGCUUCACCUACCCUGUUCAACGCCGGCACAAGACGUCCCCAGCUAUCGUCGUGUUUCCUUCUCACAAUUGAGGACGACUCCAUUGAAGGUAUCUACAACACCCUGAAGACUUGCGCGAUGAUCUCCAAGAGUGCCGGAGGUAUCGGACUCAACGUUCACAAGAUCAGAUCCAAAGAAAGCUACAUCGCUGGAACCAAUGGAAACUCCAACGGACUUGUGCCUAUGUUGCGUGUAUUUAACAACACCGCACGCUACGUUGACCAAGGCGGUAAUAAGCGUCCCGGAGCAUUUGCAAUGUAUCUAGAGCCCUGGCACGCAGAUAUAUUCGAGUUCCUGGAUCUAAAGAAGAAUACAGGUUCAGAGGAGAUGCGUGCACGUGAUCUUUUCUUCGGCCUGUGGAUCAACGAUCUAUUUAUGGAACGGUGCGAAGCCGAUGGAGAGUGGAGUCUGUUCUCACCAAGUGAUGCACCAGGCUUGGACGAUGUCUGGGGAAAGGAGUUCGAAGAUCUGUACCACAAGUACGAGCGCGAGGGUAGAGCUAAGCGAGUAAUCAAGGCACAGCAGCUGUGGUUCGCCAUUCUAGAGGCGCAGACCGAGACCGGAACACCAUACAUGCUGUACAAGGAUGCGUGUAACCGCAAGAGUAACCAGCAGAAUUUGGGUACCAUCAAGUGCUCUAAUCUGUGCUGUGAGAUCGUCGAGUACUCUUCCCCCGACGAAGUGGCUGUGUGCAAUCUUGCGUCCCUGGCCUUGCCUAAGUACGUCAAGACCGACGGCGCAAACGGCCCCGAGUUCGACUUUGUGAAGCUCGAGGAGGUCACCAGAAUAGCCACGCGCAAUCUAAACAAAAUCAUCGACGUCAACUAUUACCCUGUGCCUGAAGCCGAGAAGAGUAACAAGCGCCACCGACCUAUCGGUCUAGGUGUACAAGGCCUUGCAGACGCGUUCAUCUUGAUGCGCCUGCCAUUCGAUAGCCCCGAUGCACGCGUGCUGAACAAGCACAUCUUCGAGACUAUCUACUACAGUGCGGUGACGGAGAGUAUUGCGAUAGCCAAGAGGGAGGGUCCAUACGAGACCUACGCUGGCUCCCCAGCGAGCAAGGGUAUCUUGCAGUUCGAUAUGUGGGAUGUUGUCCCCUCGGAUAGACACGAUUGGGCUAAGGUCAAGGAGAAUAUGGCUUUGUACGGACUCAGAAAUUCACUGUUGGUCGCCCCUAUGCCUACCGCUAGCACAGCUCAGAUUCUGGGUAAUAACGAGAGCAUAGAGCCCUACACAUCGAACAUCUACACACGUCGCGUGCUUUCAGGAGAGUUCCAGAUUGUCAACCAGCAUCUGCUGAAGGACCUCACCGAUCUGGGAUUGUGGGACACAGAUAUGAAGAAUCAGCUGAUUGCUUCAGGAGGAUCAAUCCAGAACAUCACACGCAUCCCUGAGCAAUUACGGGACAUAUACCGAACCGUCUGGGAGAUGUCGCAGAAGAGCCUGAUCGAUAUGGCCGCCGACAGGGGUGCCUAUGUGUGCCAGUCACAGAGUUUCAAUCUGUUUAUCGCUGAGCCCAAUUUCGGAAAGCUGACAAGCAUGCACUUCUACGCGUACAAGAAGGGUUUGAAGACAGGUAUGUACUACCUGCGUACACGUCCCGCCGUAAAUGCUAUUCAGUUUACAGUGGAUACAGAGAAACUUGCCGCAGCUGUUAAGACCGCUAGUCUACGCACAGCAGAAGAGAACGAGGAGGCCCUUCUGUGCUCUAUCAACAAUAAGGACGAUUGCACCAUGUGUUCCGGUUAAGUAGUUGCACCUGCAUACAUACAAUAAUAACGUACUCUAUUAACAUAUGGAUGCACGCCCGUGUCUGUACUCCGAGCACCGGGAUAUUGAUGCGAGUGUGCGCCAACCAAUCGCAAGGUUCCAGCGUGUAAUCCUGCAAGUAAAAUAGUUUGAUACUUUGUACAUAAUCAAUUCGAUACCCUUCCUUUCCUAGGAAGGGGUUGAUAGUAAUAAGUAAAUAAAAAACCUUAUACCUGA